AUGUCAAAGCUGUAUGUGUGUAACCUUUCCUACUCAACGAAGGAGAGUGAUUUAGAGAAGUUCUUUGCAUCGUUUGGAAAUAUCAAAAGCUGCAAGUUGAUGAUAAGCCGUGGAUACUCGAAAGGGUUUGGAUUUGUCGAGUACGAGACGGAGGAUGACGCGAAAAAGGCGCUUGCUGCGAAUGAAACUGAGUUCAUGGGCCGUAAGUUGCGCAUUGAUAUUGCACGCCCCCCAAGAGAACGCCAUGAGUCUGCUCAACAAGGUUCCCAAGAAGGAGAUAAUGAGAGACGUGACGAGAGAAGUGGAGCACCACGCCGAUAUGGAGGGUAUAGAAACUAUGAGAACAGAUACAACAGAAACUACGAGAGAAGUUAUGAGAGACCAUACCAACGAAAUGAUGGAGAAGUCAGAGAAUAUAGAAGUUAUCAGAGAAGACCAUAUAACCCAAAUUACGAGAGACGCUACGAGAGAAGAAAUUAUGAUAAUGAAUAUGAGAGAAGACCUUAUGAAGGACAUUAUCAACGUAAACCAUAUUAUACAAGACCUUACAAAAAAGAGGAAGAGAACGUCGAAGUGUCAGACACUUUUGUCUUUGUGAAAAAUUUGCCGUAUUCUGUCGACGACGCUCAACUCGCGGAGGUCUUUGCGAAGUAUUCAGUGAAGAAAGCAGUGAUUGCACACUUCAAUAAAGGAACUAAAGUGCUCAGCAAAGGGUUUGGAUUUGUCGAACUGGAGAGUAAGGAGAAGCAACAACUUGCGAUUACAGAAAUGAACAAUUUCGUGAUAGAGAACAGAAACAUCACCGUCGUUGCGGCGUUCAAGAGACAAGAAGAACAGACUGUCAAAAAUUAA